UUGCCGAGCAAAACCGAGCCCUGCCCGAACUCUACCGAGCCAGGCCGAGCCCUGUCGACCAGAACCCGAGCUCUGCCCUGCAGUACUGAGCCCAACCCGAGCCCUGCCCGAACUGUGGCGAGAGCCGCCGAGCCCUUGACGAACACAGCCGAGUUCUGCCGAGCUCGGCCGAGCUUGGCCGAGCCCCGGCCCAUCGCCCGAGCCGAGGCUCCGCUGCGGGCCCCGGCCGUUGUCCUUCGGGGCUGUAGUGGCGCGGGCCGCCGCCAGGCGGGGCCCGAGGGCGCAGCGGCGCCGUGCGCGGCGGGCCGGGGGCGGCGGGGCCGGGGCUGAGCCGGGCCGGGACCGAGCGGGGCCGAGCGGGGCCGGGGCCGGGCGGGGGCUCGGGCUGGGCCGGAGCUGAGCAGAGCAGCGGGGACCGGGACCUGUUUCCCCGCAGCAGCGGGGCUGGCGUGCCGCAGCCCCGCGCUGCCGCUGUCCUGCAGCGCGAGCGGAGAUGCUGCUUGCCCGCGGCCGCCUGGGGCUGCUGCUCCUCGGGGCGCUGCUCACGUUCCUCCUGUACCUCUUGCUGCCGGCCGCCCGGCGCUCACGGCCUGACGAGGAGAGGCGCGUUUGGCGGGCGGCCAACGGCACGGUGCGGACGGGGAUGGCUGCGGGAGAGCCGCCCGUGUUCUACAGGGAGGUGCCCGCCGCAGCCGGGGGCCCCGGGAGGCCCGAUGUCCUGCUCCUGCACGGCCAGGCGUUCACCUCCAAGACGUGGGAGGCCUUGGGCACACUGGCACUGCUUGCUGGAGAAGGCUACCGUGCGGUCGCGAUAGAUCUGCCCGGCUACGGGGAAUCCCCCCCAGUGGAGAUGGCGCUGACAGCACAGGGCCGCAGGGCUUUCCUGGACCGCAUCCUCCAGGAGCUGGGCAUGCAGAGGCCUGUCCUCAUCAGCCCCUCCAUGAGCGGCCGCUUUGCCCUGCCCUUCCUCCUGGCGCACGGGGACCGGCUGGCCGGCUUUGUGCCCAUCGCACCCGUGGGCACCAGGGACUACACUGCCGAGCAGUACCGGGGAGUCCAGACACCCACCCUGAUCCUGUAUGGUGACCGUGACACUGGCCUGGCUCCCCAGGCCCUGCAGAACCUCCAGCACCUCCCUAAGCACCGUGUGGCCGUGCUGUCCGGUGCUGGCCAUGCCUGCUACCUGGACAAGCCAGACGACUUCCACCGGGCCCUGCUGGGCUUCCUGCACCAGCUGAAGUGAGCGCCGCCUCCUCCCUGCCCAGCCGCGGGGCUGGGGGCUCCGGGGGGCCGGGAGGCACAGACAGCUGCCAUGAGGGAUGCUGCUUCCUCCUGGGGUGUCCCCAGGAUGGCGGGGGGUGGGACCGGCGGUGUCCCUUGCUGGCAGGACCGGGUGCCGUCUGUCGCGAGGCCAAUAAACUGAUGCUGCUCUGC